AUGAAUCCGCCACUUCGGAUUGAGAAACUAACUAAGCCCAUCUCAGAUAGCAAGAACAUUAGUGUCACAACAUCUGGAGACGUUUUGUUGGUCCGUAGCCAUGCUUCCGAGGACUCAACUUCUCCAAGGCAUAGGAUCUUCCGUCUCUUCAAGAGGGAUCCUAAUCAAGACCCCAUUCUCGACAUGGAUCUUGUUGAGGUUGAUUCUCUAGGUGAUGAGGCCCUGUCAAAUAAGUCGUGUUUUCUUCAACCAACCUCCACCGUACGUAACUUUCGGUGUGCCUGCUGA